AUGCAAGCCAAUAAUAUUCAUUUGUCCAAUAAGAUCAAAAGUCUUGAAAGCAGUUUGCAAGCACUUGAUAAUGAACAUGUUGAACUAGCCAAUAAUUUUAUCAGUACUAAAAUGGAACUUGCACAGUGCAAAGAUGAAAAUGAAGAUCUUUCUCAGAUAGUUAUAAACCCACAUAGAGGUUUGGAAACUCAGUCUAAAGAAAUUGAAAGUAAAUUGCAAGGUCAGAUGGAUGAUUUAAUUAAAAGAAAUAUUGAUUUGAUAGAAAAGAAUAAUUUACUGGAUGAUCAACUUGAAAAUUUAGAACAUUGA